UUCAGGAUAAGAUCCAUGGCAUCCUAGGCGUCUCUGAUUUCUCUCCUCCAUCUUCUCGACGACAUCCAGUAUCUUUCUUGCCCUUGGAAUUAAUCUUCCCGACCAGCUGCAGAUCCAAUUCCGUCGCAAUCGAAUCUCUUACUUCUUGGGUUUUCUCGAAGACGCUUCAGGCUCCUAAUUGUGAGGUCCUGUCGUGCUGCCAAGGACAUCAUUAAAUCCUCAGUAUCAAACCAAGUUCCUGAAUAGAGAGAAAAUAUAUCUGGAGAUCUGCUCCGAUCGAAGACAGUCGUCAAGCAAUAAUUCCAAAGAUGGAUCUCCCGCAAGAAAAGGCCCUUUAAAAUAAGAGAUGAAAUUGUUGCUGUUGGUCACAGACAGAGAGCCAUGGAUUCUGUCACUGUUGCUGUUUAUUCAAGAAAAGCUUCAAUGGGGAAGAACACUGUGGUGGGGUUGGAAGAUGCUUUAGUUCAAAUCAGAUGCAAACUCACAGGACUGGGAUCCAAGCUAGAAACAUUUUCGAUUCUUGGAAUGGGUGGUAUAGGUAAGAAUAUAUCGGUUCUUGUUUGCAUUAUUGAAUUUGGAGGAAAUAGGAAAGAAAACUGAUAUAUUGUAAUAGGCGGAGUCUUGAAAAGGCCGGAAAUGAAGGUGAAGAUUACAAAUUACGGUGAAGUUUGCAAAUUAUGAUGAUGAUUUUGACACAAAUUUUGCAUCCAAACUAAGUGCAUCGUGUUCGUCUAGAUGAGGUGAAAUUAUUGAUUCCUUCGACAUUAAAGUUACUUUGGAAUCUUCAACGUUUAAGAAUUUAUCUAAACUCUCCACUCAAGAUUUAUCUCAAGAUAUAUAAAAGAUGCCAAAACUCAGGGCGAUUGAUUUCUUAGAAGGAAUCCUACCUGAUCCUAUAGCCAUUGAUAUUGAGAGGAAAGAUUAUAUUGUCCUAAAUAAUCUUCAUACUGUACUUGGAAUAUAUAAUUUCAAGUGUACCAAGGAAAUCAUUGAUCAAAUCUGGAAUUUGAGGAAGUUGAAUGUUUCUUAUGAAGACGGAUCUAAGGGGGGAGUGAAACCACUGAGCUUUGCUCUGUGUAAUCUUGAGCAACUACAUAAGUUUGAAUCGCUGAUGAUUAGAAAUUAAGAGAACACAACUUUCGUAAUUUGCUCAAACAAUUGUCUUAGAACAAUUGCAACCGAGUCUUGAACGACUUCAUAUAUAUAUGGUGGCGUGCAAGGGUUAGAGUGGGAGCCUGUUCAAGCUGAAUGGUCGAACUUCCCUAUUCUUGAGAGGCUUUAGCUUACUGAACUACGGUUAUUUGGAGGAGAUCCCUUGAGGCAUCGGAGAUAAACUAACAUUCCAAUCAAUUUUUGUGAUGGAUUGCAGUGAGUCUGUCUGUCAUUGGUUCGGAAAAGAAAAUAUGGAAGGAGCAGCAUGAGUAUGGCAAUGGGACUGCUAUUGAUGUUAUUGACAGAGAAUGGUCUGUCCGAUAAUCAAAUUGGUACUUUCACCGCAAGAAUGACAGAGGCUGCUUGUCAAACUUUUGCUUAUUCAAGAUAUCUCUGGGAAAGUCUCGAGAAGGUUGCUCGACAUGGCAGCCACUCUCUAAACUCAAAAUAUAUGGAAGCUGUGGAGGAAGCCAUACAUUUUCUCAAAGUUUUUCACCCAAGGAAGAGCCAAGAAAUGGAAAGUUUGCUCCGCAAAAUGGCCCUGGCUACGAAUAAAGAGAAUGUUGUGAUCCAUAGACUAUGCUCGGAAACUUUGAAGACAACUCACAAGGAAAUACUUGAGGAGGAUGCCAACAAGGUUGUGAUUUUCAAGACACAAAACAAGUCGAAGCUAUGGAAUAAGAAAUCCAUUUCUUGAAGGACUUUGUGAAACAUUUUCAUCAAAGUAAAAGCCAAGAACUGGAAAGUCUGUUAAACGAGAUAUCUCAGGCUAGCUGUCUACAGAGGAGCAGCUACACUAGGACAUUCGCGACUAUGUUAAAAGAUCGUUAGAAAAGAUCAACUUCAUAAAAAUGGGCGUUGUUGAUGUUGGUUGACUCUUGUAUAUAAAUAAAUAAUGUCGUGUGUAUCUUUUCAAUGUUUUUAUACAUUCUCAUCUCCGGCAUCUCCCUGACAUGAUAUCAAUUCAAGUUAAGUGUAUCGGUUCGAAAUGGUAUUAGUUAAA